GACUUUCUUGCAGAAUGUUUAUAGGGUUCCGCCAUUGCGUGAAAUACGUAUGUUUCUGCUAAUUUCUUUUUUCGGAAAGUGAAAUCGAGUAGCGAAAAUUUUAAAAUUUGUCUCAAAAUAUAAAUCUAUAAAAAUAAAUUAAGAAUUUCAUAGAAAAAUUAGUGCUUCAAUUGGAUUUUUGAAUAUAGGUUCACCCGCUAAGUCCUAAAACAAUUUUUUUCAUUGUCAGAAUUCAGACUGUUCUAAAUACAUUUAUUUUAACUUUAAAGUUAAAGCUUCCGCCAAUGUCAGCAGGCCUGUCAGAGCAGCGAUUAAAGGGGCAAGCGAAUCAAGGUAAAAAUGUAGAAGAGCGUUCCAUUCCUUGGAGUCAGCAAGUAGAUGAAGCUUUCUUUGAUGUUUCAUCACCGAACGAAGCGAACUUACAAGGAACAGUAGCUGCUGGAACACAAUUUCAAUACCCUCCUUUCAAUUCAAAAGAAACUCACUCAGCAAUAGAGAACUGCCAAGGAGAAAACACUCGGCGAAAUAGUCAACAAGCUGAAGCUAAUCAAUCAUCUCUUAAUUUCUAUCCGAGAAAAUACGAAAAUGAUAAUUCUGUUAGUUCAAAGCAUCAUAUAAGUGGUAAUCACAAUUUUAAUAAAAGGACGAGUAAUCAUGAUGAUACAUAUAGAUCUGUAAAAAAUAAUGUUGCUCAUCGUACAAAUAUCGACACAUCUAAAGUGACCAUACAGAGAGGAUUACAAACUUUGUCUCUUGAUAAUGUCGACAAAACUAACAAGAACAAUACAAGAACAAGUGAAAAUCAAUCUAACAAUAGCAAAAAUAAUAAGGUUAAUGCAUCAGAACAUCAAAUUACGAUAGCUGCCAAACAGAUGACAUGGGCUUCAAUCGCUUCACAACCAGCAAAACCAACAUUACGGUCCAAUUUGGCUUCGUCGGCACUUAAAAAAAAAGGACCGGGUAUGCCACCUCCACCAAUGGUACCAGGAAAACAUAACAUGGAUAUAAAUACAUGGGACACUCCGAAAAAUGGACCAACUUUAGUUCCACCGCCGUUACCUCCAGUCAUUCCAGUUCCCAUUUUGGAGCAGUCAAUAUUUAAUCAAAACAAAGUAAAUUCGACUGAAGAAAAAGCUGGGUCUGGAAAUAACCGCGAAAAUGAAAUGCAAAAACAAAAAAGUGAACAAGAAAAUUUUGAACCGGAAAACCCAAAUUCAAAUAAUAAUUGGACUGCCACAUGCCAAUUGCAAAAUAAGUUGCCUGAACGUAACAAUCACCAACACUCAAGCACAAAAACUAUUUCUAAUGAAAGCAAUGUUAGACCACCUUGGGUACCACAAUAUCAACAGCAACAGCAUCAUUCACAUCACAGUAGUCAAAAUCAGUCUUCGUCAUAUUAUCAAACAAAUUCACGAAAUUUUAACACAACGCAUCAAAUCAGAGGACUAGACUCUGGAAAUGCACAUUAUAACCGCCAUGAUGCAUCUGCAAGUAAUUAUCAGAUUUCAAAUAGUUCGCAAGUGGAACCACACAAUACAAGUUCGCCUACCCCAAGUAAUACAUCUUCAAUCGCCAUGGAUGUGCAUCAAGAACAUCGUCAAAAUAAUUAUAAUCCACGCGAGCUUGAUAUUAAAAAAGCCAAUUUAGCGCGAUUUUUUGUCAUAAAAUCAUACUCAGAAGAUGAUAUUUAUCGCAGCAUUAAAUACGAAAUUUGGUGCUCUACUGAUCAUGGAAAUCGCCGUUUGGAUGAUGCUUUUCAAGAACGACAACGUGAACGAGGUUUUCUUUAUUUAUUAUUUUCCGUUAACGGUUCUGGCCAUUUUUGUGGCAUAGCGCAAAUGAUGACUCCUGUCGAUUAUAAUUCCGUAUCAAACGUAUGGUCCCAAAAAAAAUGGAAAGGCACAUUCAAAGUGAAGUGGUUGUAUGUCAAAGAUGUGCCAAAUCAGCUAUUUAAGUGGAUAACAAUAGAAACGAACGAAAACAAACCAGUUACAAAUUCUAGAGACACGCAAGAAGUUCCAAAUGAUAAGGGCAUCUUAGUAAUGAAAAUUAUUCACGAAUACAAACACACGACCUCAUUAUUUGAUGACUUCUGGCACUAUAGAAAAAGGCAAGAAGAAGAAAAAGUUGUAAAAAAACACGAAAUACCUACGAACGUCAGUGGAGCAAGCGGAAAUCGUUCACAGCAUCGUUCAGGUGGAGGAGAUUUCAAUCGUGGCGAGACUUAUGAUAAUAAAAAUAGUUAUCAUCGUGAAAGGAGAAACUAUAAUCGUGGAGGUUAUCAAAAUAACUACGAAAACCGUCGUGGUAUUGAUAAUUGUAGAAACAACCAAGAUAAUUGUACUUCUCUUACUAAUAAUAACAGAGACAACGUUGGAGAUGCUUAUAGAAACAGUGGUUUUCGCAACAAUUACAGGAGAGAUGAUCGUAAUGACGAGAAUAGUUUAAAUUGUGUUGAUAAUCGUGGAAUGCAGGUAAAUUUUCCACACCGUACUGAUAACCGAGGUUUAGGUGGCAGUUUUCGCGAAAGGGAUCGAGAUAGUUACAAAAGAAAAGGAGCAUGGAGAUCGACCCAAAGAAGCGUUGAAAUAAGCGAAAAAGCAGAAAACUAACUUUAUUUCUUCAAUUUCUUUGCUGGUACAUUUUUAGUAGAGAAGCCAUGUAAACCUUCUGAACCAAGAGACCUUUGCAAAAGAAUUUUCUAAUGCAUAGCUAACUUAAAAAUAUAUUUCAUUAAUUUAAUAUAAAAAAGAACAAACAACACAAAAGAAAUUAUUUUAUUCCAAAAAUUAUCAAGUUAAUUAUUAAAAUGGCAAAGUAUUUUCUUUCCUUAUGCAAUGUAAAAAAUCAAAACUUAAAUGGUACUAAAAAUAAAUAUUGUGUAUUUAAAAAAAAAUAUAUGGCAUUUCAGCCAGCCAUAAUGUUCCAAUCA